AUGGAGUUUCCAGAAUCUGAGCUCAUCUUUCUCUCUGAGAAGAUGAUAGACUUUGAUAGUUUGAAGGCAAAUGGGUUCGAUGUGAAACAGUACUUCUCCAACAAGAAAUUCUGGAUGAAGGCUAAGGUUUUUGAUAAGGCUGAAGCUAAGCAGGAAGAACUAGCUGAUAUUGAAAGGAAUCCUAGUUUAAAAGAUCUUCUGGCUCAGAAGAAAGUUAAGGUAGAAGAAGCUAUUGCUGAGAAAAGAACGAAAAGGAAACAUGAAGCUUUGUCUGGAAAAGCUGCUGCAACUUCAUCAAAGAAGCCUAUUGUUGUUGAUGAUGAAGAAGAAAGUGAAGAUAGUGACUCUUCUAAAUCUCAGUCUGAUUCAGAAACUGAGUUAUCCCAUAUUCAGGACAAGUUUUUGGUGUGUCCCUCUGAUGUGGAUAUGGAGGUGUCACUAAUCAAGGCUAAAAUCUGCAAAGCUCUGGAUGCAAUGGGUGAUGAGAUCAAGGCUGUGAUUGGGCAACGAGAUUUGGAUUUGGUACAUCUGCUGAAGGACAGCUUAGCAAGAGCUAGUUUGAAAAGGCUGACUGGGUUUAACCAUGAAGAGCAUGAGCGUGCUAAGCUGGCUGCUAUUGCUGCUACUGCAAGGAAAAUGGCUAGGAAAUUCGAGAGUGUCAAAGACAUAAACGACACGAAGGAUCUUUGGAAGAUAUCUGUGAAAGUCAAGGAAAAAUGGACUAACAUGAAGGAUGGAAAAGAGUCUAUUGAACUUCUGGUUGUGGACGACAAGAAAUUUGAAAAAGACAUUCCUAUAACUGUGAACAACACUUACACAAUGCAAAAUUUUCAAGUUACCAAAAAUGAUGUCCAGUUCAAAACAUCGUGCCAUGAUUACAAGCUGAGGUUCAAUGGUGGAACUUUAGUAAAAGAUGUCAAUGUCCAUCAAAUUCCUGAUGCAGUCACAAAGUUGAAACCUUUUAGUGAAAUCAUCAAUCUUGAUUUUUGUGAAGAUUUAUUAUAUGAUAUUGUUGGAUUGGUGGAUCAAAUUAGUUAUUCACAGUCUAUUGCUGGAACUAGGAAAGUUCAAGUUAACCUUACUCUUCGAGACCUUUGGUAA